AGGCCACGGGAUGGAACAGAAGGUAGAGGGAACAUGCUUACUCAACAGGCCAUGGGAUGGAACAGAAGGAAGAGGGAACCUGCUCACUCAACAGGCCACGGGAUGGAACAGAAGGUAGAGGGAACAUGCUUACUCAACAGGCCAUGGGAUGGAACAGAAGGAAGAGGGAACCUGCUUACUCAACAGGCCAUGGGAUGGAACAGAAGGAAGAGGGAACCUGCUUACUCAACAGGCCACGGGAUGGAACAGAAGGAAGAGGGACAACCUUCAUCAAGUUUUAGCACACAGAUAUGUCAAAAUCACAGAGGGCAAAGGUGGAAGCUUCAGCGACUUCAAAAAGGAGCACAACCUUGAUCAGGAGACCAUACAGCAGUGGGUGUAUGAUGUCAGGCAAUGGGCGGUCACAGAGAGAGUUUACGCCCCAGGGUGUACUGAAGGACUGAGGGUGGAUAUUGAGAACAUCACCGUCACUCUUUUGCGCAGGAAGCAAGAUCUGUAUCGUCAGCAUGACAGCAACCAGGCAAGGCAAAGAAAGAGGAAGAGAAUGAGAGAGCUGAAGAAGAAGCUUCGCGAAAAAGUUGUGCAAUACAACACCGGAGUGCAGGAAGAACAGAUUGACGAGGAGUUGGCUUGCAGUCUGACAGAGGGCUACACCCUACCAUGGGAGAGGCAUGCAAAUGGCAACACCUUCAGGUUGAAGAGGUCUGUCUUUGAGCAGGUAAUGCUGGUCAGACGUUUGGAGGAGGAGCAGAGCAUCCUGGUGAGAGAGAUGUCGCAGCACAUCAUGUUCCUUCUGAAGGAAGUGCAAGAAGUGGAAGCACUGAGAGGACAGACUUUGGAGGGCAUCACAACCAGCAAUUUCGGUGACCUGACAGAGGAUGCUGCACAUGGGCUCAAGAGUGUCCUCAGUCGGAGGUGGCACUUCCUCCAAAGCCAACACAAACAGGCUGUACAUGCGUACAGCGGUGUAGCCGCUUUGGAAUGACAUGAUCUUCAAUUACAGCAGGACAUUGAGGAGUCGGAUGACAAUGACUACACUAGCCCUGAGUCUGAGGAAGAAGACCUGUAAAGGUUUCUGCCAAGCAACACAGAGGCACUGGAGAGCUCUUUCACAAGGGAGGUGUCACGUCCACACGCUGGCGCACGCCAUAA